CUCAUGGGCACUGCCGGCCCUCUGCGACCCCAGUCACCUGGUGCACUGGCUUUUGGUGCUGCUGCCGAUGUGCUUCCUGGGCUUUGGCAGUUAUUUUUGCUAUGAUAAUCCUGCUGCCCUUCAGACUCAGAUUAAACAGGAUAUGCAGGUGAAUACCACGAAAUCCAUGCGGCUGUAUAUCUGGUAUUCUUUUUUGUGUUUCUUUGGUGGCUUUUUGAUAGAUCGAGUAUUUGGAAUACGGUGGGGCACAAUAAUUUUUAGCUGCUUUGUUUGCAUUGGACAGGUUAUCUUUGCUCUGGGGGGAAUAUUUAAUGCUUUUUGGCUGAUGGAAUUUGGAAGGUUUGUGUUUAGGAUUGGUGGGAAGUCUUUAGCUGUUGCCCAGAAUACAUAUGCUGUAAAUUGGUUUAAAGGCAAAGAACUAAACCUGGUGUUUGGGCUCCAACUUAGCAUGGCUAGAAUUGGCAGCACAGUAAACAUGAACCUCAUGGGCUGGCUGUAUUCUAAGGUUGAAGCUUCAUUGGGUUCUGCUGGUCAUACAACCCUUGGGGUGACACUUAUGAUUGGAGGCUUAACGUGUGUUCUUUCCCUAAUCUGUGCCUUGGUCCUUGCCUAUUUGGAUCAGAGAGCAGAGAGAAUCCUUCAUAAAGAGCAAGGGAAAACAGGGGAGGUUAUCAAAUUAACAAAUGUGAAGGACUUCUCCUUGCCGCUGUGGCUCAUCUUUGUCAUCUGUGUCUGCUAUUAUGUCGUGGUCUUCCCUUUCACUGGACUUGGAAAAGUUUUCUUUACAGAGAAAUUUGGAUUUUCUUCCCAGGCAGGAAGAGCAAUUAACAGUAUCGUGUAUGCCAUAUCAGCACCCAUGUCUCCAGUGUUCGGGCUCCUAGUGGAUAAAACAGGCAAGAACAUCAUCUGGGUCCUGUGUGCGGUAGCAGCUGCUGUGUCCCACAUGAAGCUGGCCUUCACGAUGUGGAACCCGUGGAUUGCCAUGUGCCUGCUGGGACUGUCGUAUUCGCUGCUGGCCUGUGCGCUGUGGCCCAUGGUGGUGUUUGUAGUUCCUGAGCAUCAGCUGGGAACUGCAUAUGGCUUCAUGCAGUCCAUUCAGAAUCUCGGGCUGGCGGUCAUCUCCAUCAUUGCUGGCAUGAUACUGGAUACUCAGGGAUACUUGUUUUUAGUUUACUUCAUAGCCUGUGUUUCUUUGUCACUUUUAUCUGUGGUCUUACUCUAUUUCGUGGAUCAUGCCCGAGGAGGGAAUCUAAAUUAUUAUGCAAGACAAAGGGAAGAAAUGAAAAUGUCCCAUACUGAAUGAGAAAUUUAAAGGGCUGUGUUGAGAGAAUGGAUUGCACACAUCUUUGGUUUCAAAACCUCCUUUUUGUAUUAAGUUCUUCAUUAACAGUC